AUGCAUCUGACGCACCAAGAGCUUCCAACGCCAUGUCAAGGGCUUCCUUACCGGGUCCACCGGAUCCCACCUAAUGUCCUGGAGCUUGUGACCCAGCUGAACCGCGACCCCGCUCAGUGUUGGAACAACGUGGGCUACCGAGGUUCGAAGAGAGAAGUGGUGGAACAUCUGCUGCUCUCACGUGGCCUUCGCCCGGAGGAGGUCCUGUCCUUGACACGGAGAGUUGCCACGGUCCUUGUUGACGGGGGGCUGCUUUGGGAGGUUCGACAUGGAGGCGGCUGGUUGAAGGAGUGCAACAAGAAAAAGGGGUUUACACACUGGGCACUGGAUUUAUUGGAGCUUUGGGGGCGUCCUAGCCUCAUCAUCCGGUUGGGACAUGUUCUUGAGCCAUUUGGAGGGGAGGCGAUCUUCGUGGACGACCAGUCGCACGAGAUCAAAUCGAUGCACGGGGCCUGCCGAACUCUCCAGGUCUAUCCGCCUUGCGGUAUUGAGCAGCCGCACAUGAACGAGCUGCUGCGACAUGCACCACGAGCGCGGGCUGGAUUCACAGCACCGGGACAACAGCUCGAAAGGCGUCCUUCCAGGACCUCUGCCUCUCGCGCAGUGGCUCCGGUGCCAAGUCCACAAGCUGCCCGUCCGCAGCAAGAGAGCUUCUUAGCCUACGCCAAGCCGUCCACUGCAGGCCGCAAAGAGAGCUCCAAAGGCAAGUGGUUGCCUUCCAUUCAGAACGGCCGGCAGGAGAAGACGACAAGGCUCUUGCGCAGCAUCUGGUGCUGCCAAUCCUGA